AUGCCUCUCCCCGAUCAAUCGCAGCCUGGACAAUUUCUUGGCGACUUCCAGGCUGAUGGCGUUCAAAAUGACCUGAGCGCGCCAGGCCCCAUUGCGGGGAGCGAAGGAAACAGUGUGACCGGCUCCUCAACAGAACAUGGAGCGAAUGGGGUGGAUGCCAUAGCCGAAGGGAAACAGAAUGCGAAAGCAGUUCUUGCAGCUUCGGGAGUCUCUCUACCCUCAGCCGAAGCUAGUCAUAGCGCCUUGAACGGCAAGACGUCGCCCAAUUCUCUGUUGAGCAACGCCAACGGUUCAGCAACAAGUAGAAAGCGAUCUCGCGACGGUUCCGUUAUUCGCUCUUCUUCUACAGAAGACCUACCCGUCCGCCUACGUGAAACCCCGGCGGAUAAAAUACUUCUCGAACAGUAUGUCGAACGAGAAUUCCGCCAUUCAGCAUUGACAGCAUGGCACAAUCCCAGUCAGGAGUUGCUUCAACAGAAGCGCGCAGAGCGAGACUACUAUCUGGCCUUACGCCGCGAUACCCAUGGGAAUCCGGCCGCCCUAUACGGCGUUGGGUAUGAAGGAUUUGGGAAUGCCAGGACUGAUCUGCGCAACCAGCAUCCGCAAUUGUUAUACCCCUCUCAUCGGCGGCGACCGGGAAAUAGAAAGACCAGGGAGUUGCGAGUUGCGCGGAAGGACAUGAAAAUACAGAGUGAGCAGGUGGAGGAUCUGGUCCCUAUUCGCUUAGACAUCGACUGGGAGAAGAUCAAGAUUCGAGAUACCUUUACGUGGAACCUCCACGACCGCGUCGUAUCUCCCGAUCUGUUCGCCGAGAAGUUGGUGGAAGAUCUGGGGCUUCCGCUCGAGACAUGCACUCCUCUCGUACGGAUGAUCUCUCGGAGCAUCCAAGAGCAACUCGCGGACUAUUAUCCCCAAAUAUAUAUGGAAGAGGAUGCGCUUGAGCCCAAUCUACCCUACAACGCUUACAAGAACGAUGAAAUGCGCAUACUUAUCAAGCUCAACAUUACCAUCGGACAACAUACCCUCAUUGAUCAGUUUGAAUGGGACAUCAAUGAUCCCUUUAACUCACCCGAGGAAUUUGCUGCCCGUAUGACGAACGACCUCUCUCUCUCCGGCGAAUUCACGACUGCAAUCGCGCAUUCGAUCCGAGAGCAGUCGCAACUCUUUACCAAAUCACUUUACAUCCUCUCCCAUCCGUUUGAUGGUCGUCCGAUUGACGAUCCUGACCUCAAGGCCGCAUUCUUACCCUCCCCAUUAGCAUCUUCUUUCCGACCCUUCCAAGCUGCCAAGGAAUUCACGCCAUAUCUAUACGAGCUGAAUGAAGCGGAGCUCGAGCGCACUGAAGUGUCCAUAUCCAGAGACCAACGUCGGCAGAAACGUUCCGUCAACCGCCGCGGUGGCCCAGCCCUGCCAGAUCUGAAAGAUCGUCAGCGCACCAUUCGUACAAUGCUUGUAUCGUCUGUUAUACCCAACACUGCAGCGUCAAUUGAAGAGAGCAAUGUGUUCAAACGGUCCGGAUCGAGUCGUCACAGACGCGCCGCAGUUGGCCAGCGAGACGGUGGUGAGGAGUCCGAUGAGUCGGAUAGCGACGAGUCAUCGAUGACGGGCUCUCCGGCUAUCGGUCCUCAUCUGGCCCAAGGAACAGCCCGCACAAGAGGCAUGAGAGGAGCCGCAAGCGCAGCUCACGCCGCACUGCGGGCGAGUCUGGCUCAUUCUGCCACCCCUGAACCUCAUCACGAGCCUCGGGUCUCCGCCAGAAGACGAGAUUACCGGGAAGAGAGCAUGGACGAGCAAGAGAAGCUCAUUGUGAAAUUGAAAAUCUCUCGAGAGAAAUUUCGCCAAUUUCUGGCCAACAGGCCUCAGUCCUUACCUAACCCUUCGGUUUCUACCUCUACGCCAGCCACCCAACCAGUAUCUCAGACCGGCACACCUCAGUUACGGACACCAACGCCGAGUAGCAUGGCCCCGCCAUCGCAGCCUAAACCCCAAGUCCAAGUACCGAAUACUGCUGGCCAUCUUCCUCAGCGGCCUGUACAACAGCUUGGGGCUGUUGAUGCUACACAUCCCCCUCAACCAGGCGUUCCCGGGCCUCCUCCUCCAGCCUGGCUAUCGGCAGGUCUUGCCCGUUUGAACCGGUCACAUCCGAACGACUCGUUUGAAGGUGUGAUGCGCUACACGGCAGUUGAUACGGAGACGAUGUUACCAGUCGCAAACGCAAAUAGCCAGCCGGGCCACCGAUUGAAGUAUCAAUAUCUUCCUCGGAUUCGCUGUCACGAUUGUCCGGGUAAGUUGUACACUCCCGGUCCGGGAAUGACGGUCGACAACUUUGAGGUUCAUUUGAGGAAUCGACAACAUAAGGAGCGCGUAGAGGAGAGGCUCGCAAAGGCAGCUGCUAACGGUGGCUCCUCAUAA